AUGCAAUUCGCUAGUGACAGAGAGUUAGUGUGACCUUGUUUCUGUAUUCUUAGUGUUUUUCAGUCAUGUAGAAUUAAUGCGUUUUACAUGGCUGCUUUGUCAUCCCUGUCCCACAGCCAAUAGCAACCAGGAAGAAUCAUUGGUUGAAGAUUUUCAUUAUAGACUGCGAAACAAGAAAGGACUCGCUCAAAGUUUUGAUCGAGAAAUAGCAAUCUUCAAUAUGGGUAAUAGUGUUGAGGAGAUGAAGAAGGAGCAGCUGGGUGAUGUUGGGGACACGGUAUUUGUUGCCGUGGGGAAAAAUUUGAACGAGGACAAAUCAAAGCUUGAAUGGGCUUUGAAGAGCUUUACUGGGAAGAGGAUAUGCCUUCUUCAUGUUCAUCAGCCACCCCUAUCAGUCCCAUUCUUGGACGGAAAUUCCUUGGCCUACAAACUAAAACAGCGGGCAUCAAAGGCAUUCCUGGAACUUGAAAGACAAAAGAUGCACAAGCUUUUAAAUCAAUACCUUCACUUUCUUUCCCAUGAAGGGGUGCUGGUGGAUAAAGUGUGGAUUGAAAUGGAAAGUGUAGGGAAAGGCAUCAUAGAAAUGAUUGCCCAGCACAAUAUUAGAUGGCUUGUCAUGGGUGCAGCAUCUGAUAAAUCCUAUUCCAAGAAAAUGGCAGAGCUCAAGUCUAAGAAAGCGAUCAUGGUAUGUCAGCAGGCUUCAAUUUCCUGUCAUAUUUGGUUUGCUUGCAAGGCGUGCCUCAUCUAUACAAGGAGAGCUAAAAAAAUUGAAACUGAGGUAGAAUUUGCACAUUCAUCACUGUUCCGGGAUCCAGAUACAGAAAGUAAGCAAUUAAAGAACUUGAGACCAGAAUCUGCUACACUGGGCAAGGCAUCUCUAGUAGGGAUCACUAACUCCGAUCAUGUUUGCGGAGCAAGAUCUGUUGACAGUGGAUCUCAGUUAGGGAGCACCACAGCAUUGGCUACAACUCAAAAAAGUUCAGGAACAGCUUUGCUACAAGGCUGUGAAAAGAAUUCUGAGGAUGCUGAUGUGUUGGGAGGACUAUCCAGAGAAAUCAGUUCUCAGUGCUCCAUGUUUUCAAGUUUGUCAACAGAAGGGGCUGGCAGUUUGACUGUAUCACUAACAGAUGAGGCCAAUACAUCAGAGAGAUUAUAUGCUAAGGAGAUGAACCAGAGAAAAGCAAUGGAAGUACUGCUAUCAAGUGAAAAGCAAGAGGCAGAAUGGAUCAAGAAUCAGCAUGAGAACUUAAGGAAAGAACUCCAAUUGGUCCAGGACCAAAGGUCAGUGUUGGAGAGUCGAAUUGCAGAGUCCCACUGUACCAUGAAGGACUUGGAGGAUAAGAUCUUUUCAGCUGUGGAACUGCUGAUAACCAUGAAGAAGAAAAGGGAUGAGCUACGAAUAGAGCAUGGAAAUGCAAUUAGAGAAGUCAAAGAGCUAAGAAAGUUGCUGGGAAAGGAGGCUUCGAGAUUGUUUAGGCCACAAAUCUUGGUGUUUUCUUUCCUAGAGAUAAUUGAAGCAACCAAACACUUUGACCCAUCACAGAAAAUCAGUGAAGGGAAAUAUGGAAGUGUUUAUAAAGGGUUUCUUCGCCACAUGCAGGUCGCCAUAAAGAUGUUACCCUUUUCCGGCUCACUAAGUGACUUGGAAUUCAGACACAAGGUAGAGGUUUUGAGUAGGAUUAGGCAUCCAAACCUGGUUACUUUGGUGGGAAUCUGUCCAGAAUCGGGGUCGCUUGUCUAUGAGUACCUCAAGAAUGGUAGCCUUGAAGAUUGCCUAGUCCACAAAGGCAACACUCCCACUCUUUCAUGGCAAAUUCGAACACAAAUUGCUUUUGAUAUAUCUUCUGCACUUAUCUUCCUUCAUUCCAAUAAUCCUUAUAUUGCCCAUGGAAAUUUAAGAGCCUCCAAGGUCCUCCUUGACACCAACUUUGUCGUCAAACUUGGUGACUUGGGCAUCUUUCAUAUACUCGCACAAGGUCAAAAACCAACCCUUACUCAAUGGAACAAAACUAACCCGAAGGCUACCUCUAUGUACCUGGACCAAGAAUUCCUUGAGAAUGGAGAGGUUACUCCAGAUUCAGAUGUGUACUCAUUUGGAGUUAUACUGUUGCAGCUUUUAACAGGGAGGCCAGCCUUGGGGAUAGUGAAGGUCAUGAAAUGUGCGCUAGAAAAGGAAAAUUUUAAUGCGGUGUUGGACUUUUCAGCCGGGGAAUGGCCACUUGAGCAAGCAAGACAAUUGGCUAACUUGGCAUUAUGGUGCUGUGAGAAAAACCAGAAGCAGCCAGACCUUGUGUUGGAGAUCCGGACUGUGCUGGAGCUGAUGAGAGUUUCAGCUAUUGCAUCGGUAUCAUGUUUGGCUUCAAAUGAGAAUCGUCGGAUACCUUCCUAUUUUGUCUGUCCAAUUUUGCAGGAAGUUAUGAAAGACCCACAAAUAGCAGCUGAUGGUUUCACAUAUGAGGCUGAGGCAAUAGAAGGAUGGUUUAGCAGUGGGCACAACACUUCACCCAUGACAAAUCUCAAGCUGGAGCACUGCAAUUUACUCCCCAAUCAUGCCCUUCAUUAUGCAAUCCAAGAAUGGCUGCAACAAUCCUGAUACCUUUUGUGAUUACACUGUUCUUUUACUCAUACAUGUAAGUCUGUUGGUAAAUAUUUCAUACUAAUUUGGCCUUCACACCACUUUUAUUAAUAUAUGAGGGUGUAUACGUCAGAUCAUUGCCGAUCUAAGUUGGCAUACUUACAUUUCUAGGGAAAUUGAUUGUAUAAAUGAGGCUAUAGUGCCAAUUUACCGAAUAGUAGCAGGAUGUAUGGUACAAUUUUUUUAUCACAGAUCAGUGUACAUAGCUUUGGUAUUUAGAAGAUACGGUGACGCUUCAUUUUUAUAUGAUUAAGUGAGGUUAUUGUA